AUGUUCUAUACGCAUGCAAUUUUGACUAAACGUGGUCCAUUAGCACGUCUUUGGCUUGCUGCACAUUGGGAUAAAAAAUUAACUAAAGCUCAAAUAUUCGAAACGGAUAUUCGUCUUAGUUGCGAAUCAAUUCUUGAACCAUGUUUAAAAUUAGCAUUACGUACAAAAGGUCAUUUAUUACUUGGUGUUGUACGUAUAUAUUCUCGUAAAACAAAAUAUUUAUUAGCCGAUUGUAAUGAAGCAUUUAUUAAAAUUAAAAUGGCUUUUCGACCGGGUAUUGUUGGACUUGAUGGAUCAACUAAUCAUCAUGUUGGUCAAGAUUCUGAUACACGUGAAGUUUCAAUUGCCGCUAUAACAUUACCAGAAAAUUUUCAUGAUUUUGAUUUAAUUGAUCUUAAUAUUGAUUAUAUUGAUGAUCCAUCUCGUUUUCAAAUGCAUCAAGCACGUGCUGAAGAAAUUACACUUAAAGAAGAUUUUAUUAGUGUACCUAUGCCACUUGAUGAUGAUUUUGGCGAUGCAAAUGGUCUUGAUGAACCUGAAUUCUUUCGAAAACUUCAACCAUCACUUCAUUUUAAUGCACAAAAUUCAAAUAUUGAUGUCGAUAAUACAAUGAUGCGUAAAGAUCAAAAUAUAAGUCGUGCACUUGGUGAUGAUCCAUUUGCAUUAGAUGGUUUUGGCGAUUUCACCGCUCCAGCCUCUGUUAUUGGUAUUGGUGGUGAUAAUUCAAAUCUUUCAAAUGAAAGAGAUCAAUAUGAUCAUGUUAUGUCACCAUUCCAUCAAGAUGAAAAUGCACCAGGUUUACCGAUACUUGAUGAUCAUCAAGCACCAGCUAAUGAACCAAUUCAAGAUCAUAAUAUGGAUAUGGAAGCAGGACAUAUUCCAGGUGUUGAUGAUACAACACUUCUAUCAAAUGUUUCCGAUGAAUUUGUUUUACCACCGAUUUCAGCUGCAGCACAAACACCAGCGGCUCGACAAGCAGUUAAACGUAAACGAAAAUUAGUUAUUGAUGAACUAAAAGAAAUUGAUAGUGGAUCAAUGAAAACACAAUUAAGUGAUACAACAGAUAUUGUUGGCGUACUUGAAUUAGCACCACCAACACGUCGUUUAAUGCAUUUGAAAGAAACCGGUGGUAUUGAAAAAUUAUUUUCAUUUAGUGCUACAUCAAUUUUUUCUAAAACAUUACAACAAUUAAUAACACGUAAUAUGGUAACAAAACCAUUAGAUCAAAUGCCACCAGAUAAUUAUCAAAUUCAACAUGAUCUUGCUAUGGAACAACUUGAACGUGAAAGAGAUGAUUCAUCUAUUGAACAAAUGCGUGCUACACAUCAUCAUUAUCUUGAAGUCUUAGGUCAUGAUCCAUCAUUAAUAGGUGCUGAUGGUUUAUCACCUAAUCGUUCGAAAAAACGUGGUUUAUCACCUGGUGUUGAUGAUGAUAAUAAUGUUGAUAAACGUCAACGUUCAGAUUCAUUAUUUUUACCACCAAUGACAACAUCAAUGGAUAAUCUUAUGGAUGUUAUACCAGGACCAAUGUCACCAACACGUAAAAGCGGUCGAAAAGUUCAUGAACUUAAUCAAUUACCACCAUCACCAUCACGUACACCAGGUAAUAUGAGACGUAAAAAAGGUAUGGGACAUUUAACAAAAGAAAAUCAAGAAGAACAAGAUGAUGAAGAUGAAGAACAUGGACAAACAACAACAGCUCAAGAAGAUUUUGAAUCAGGUAAAAAAUUAAAUCGUCGUGCUAAAAUAAUGCUUAAUGCAUUUGAACGUGCAUUUGAUACUGCUGAUGCACUUUCAUUUCAUGAUCAUUUAUCAUCGGGUAAUCCAAAUUAUCAUACAAGAAAAUUAACAGCACAAAAAUUUUAUACAUUAUUGGUACUUAAAAAACUUCAAGCUAUUGAUGUUGAACAAACAGAACCAUUUGGAGAUAUUGCUGUUACACCUGGUGUUAAUUUUCAUCAAUAUAUAACAAGUGGUGGGAGAUAA